AUGCAUUCAGACGACGGCAUGCAUCGCAAAAGAAUCAUCGCCAGCGUUGCGGCCACGGUCAUUUCGCUGGCCUGCGGCACAAAUUAUGUCUACUCAGCAUGGGCGCCGCAAUUCGCUGAGCGGCUGAAGCUCACGGCGACGCAGAGCAACCUGGUAGGCCUGUUUGGCAACCUGGGCAUGUACUCGCUGGGUCCGCUGGUCGGCAUGUUUGUCGACCACCCUUCCGUCGGCGCCGGCCCGGCGGUCCUCCUCGGCGCUGUGCUGCUCGGCGUGGGCUAUUUUCCGCUGCAUCGGGCCUACGACAGCGCUUCUGGAUCCGUGCCGCUGCUGUGUUUCUUCUCUUACCUCACCGGCAUGGGCAGCUGCCUAGGCUUCUUCGCCGCCGUCAAGGUGUCCGCGCUCAACUGGCCGCACCACCGCGGCACGGCGACGGCGUUUCCCCUGGCGGCCUUUGGCCUGAGUGCCUUCUUCUUCUCCUUCCUCGGAUCCAUCCUCUUCCCUGGCGACCCCAGCUCGUUCCUCGAGCUGCUGGCCUGGGGCACCGUCGCGCUGACCUUUGGCGGCUUCUUCUUCCUCAAGGCUUACCCCCACUCGUCGUCGUACCAGGCCGUGCCGGGCGCGGAAGCGUCGUCGGGGGCCGCGCGCGGCCAGCGCUUGCGCCGCACGUCGUCGGGGCGGCAACAGCCGCAGCAGCGUGGCAUGUUUGAUGAUGAACCCGAUAUUCGUGGCUUCCAGCUUUUGACGUGCAUGGACUUUUGGCAACUCUUCGCCAUCAUGACGAUUCUCGCCGGUGCCGGACUCAUGACCAUCAACAACAUUGGAAAUGAUGCCAACGUGUUGUGGAAACACUACGAUAGCUCAAAGGGCGAAGAAUUUCUUGUUCACCGUCAACAAAUGCACGUCUCGAUUCUUUCCAUCGGUAGCUUCGUUGGACGUCUACUUAGCGGCAUCGGUUCCGAUUUCCUCGUCAAGAAGCUCGGGGCCAGUCGUGUGUGGUGUCUGGUCUUGUCUGGCCUCAUCUUCACCGUCGCCCAGGUCUGCGGCCUGACCAUCUCCACGCCCAUCUACCUCUUCCUCCUCUCCAGCCUCUCGGGCAUUGCCUACGGCCUGCUCUUUGGCGUCUUCCCGUCCAUCGUGGCCGAGACGUUUGGCAUCCACGGCCUCAGCCAGAACUGGGGCUUCAUGACGCUCGCGCCCGUCUUCUCCUCCAACAUCUUCAACCUUAUCUAUGGCUCCGUCCUGGACCACCACAGCGUCUUUGAUCCUAGCGGCGAGCGCUCGUGCCACGAGGGACUCGAGUGCUACCGCUCCGCCUACGGCAUCACCUUUGUAUCCUGCCUGGUCGGCGUGGCCAUUACCAUCUGGGUCAUCCGCCACCAGUACGUGGUCAAGGUCAGGGCCAUGGGAAAAGCCAAUCUGGAGGAUUAA